ACCAGGGCUACGCUACCUGGGAGGACUAACGAAUUAUAUAUUGACUUUUCAAUUUAGAUAAUGGAGGAGACGGGACAAGUAGGAGAAGACUCUGUCGGGUCUUUCGAGGAGUUCCAAAUGGUGCUCAGUGAGCUGGUUGGGGACAAGAGCAUGGACAAGAUCCGGGUGGAGUACGAGAAGCUCAUCCAUGCUCUGAAGAAGUCCCGAGAGAAUGAGAAGAGGCUAAUGUCCAAAUGCAAGGAGCUGAAUGCAGAGAUUGUGUCCACCUCAACUAAAGUCGCAGCUGCCCUGAAACUGUCCCAAGACGAUGAGACAACAAUAGCUUCACUUAAGAGGGAGCUGGAUAAAGCUUGGAAAAUGGUUGAUGCUGCUCAUGAUAAAGAGAAGAGGGACAAUGAGACCAUCAGGAAUUUAAAAGAAGAAGUUGCCAACCUAAUGAAAAUUGCUGAACAACAAACCAGCUUCUCUAUGGACAAAGAGCAGAGUGAUCUACUGAAAAUGAACGAGGAGUUGACAAAGGAGCGGAAUCAGCUGCUGGCAACUGUCGAGGUUCUGAGAGAAAAACUAAACAAGGCCACUACAACCCAGCAGGAGAUAGAGGCCCAAAGACAGAGUGCCUUAGAGAAUAUUUCUCAGCUGCAGCAGGAGCUCCAGGUACAACAGAAUGAGAUUUCCCGGGAGAUGAGGCUGAAGGAAAAGCUGGACAAGGAGGUGAAGCAGCUGCACAUCGACAUGGAGGCAAAGAUGGGGGACAUCAAAGCUCUGAAUCUGCAUGGCCAAAGGGCCAAAGAGGAGCAGCAGAGACAGGAGCAGCAGCUGAAAGAGCUAAAGAUCCUGAAUGAGCGAUCCACCAAAGAGCUGGAGCAGAUGCAGGUGAAGAACACCAAGUUGCAAGAGGAGUGUGAGCAGCUCUUAUCAGUCAAAGAACAUCUGUCCUUGGAAAAUCAGCAGAACGCAAAUGAGCUCAAGAUGAGAGAAGAGGAGGUGACUCAGAUGCGUCAGGAGAUUGCCAAACAAACAAAGAUGAGAGAAGCCAUCCAGAAGAAGUUCCACCAGAUGGAGGAUCAGAAAGCUGAUGUGGAUGUGCAGAGGGAGACACUGAAAGCUCAGAUAGCUGGUCUGGAGAAAGAUCUUGAAUCUUCCCAAAAGCAAGUUGAAGCUGACAAGAAAGCCAUAGACGAGCUGAUCCGAGAGAGAGACAUCUUAAGUAAGAACAUGAUCAAAGCUGCACAGUCAACAGAGAAACAGCAGAACCUUGUAAAGCUGCUUGACCAGGACAAAAAGACAUUGGAACAUGAGAUCAGUGGAUACUGCCAGGAGGCCCAGAAGCAGCGCAAGAUCAUCCAACAGCUGGAAAAGGAACGUGACCGCUACAUCAAUGAGACCAGCAGCCUUAUGCAGAAGGUGCAACAAAAAAUGAAUGACAUUGAAGUAAGAGAGAUGGAGAUAUUUGAUUGGAGGAAGAAGGUCACAGAGGCAGAAUGCAAGCUCAAACAGCAAGAGAACUUGCUAGAGUCUGUUGUGUCUGAAAGGAACCUCUACAGUAAAAACCUCAUUGAGGCUCAGGAAGAGAUUGCAGAGAUCAAGAGGAAGAUGAAGACUAUGAACAACCAGGUCACCCGGCUGAGAGAUGAGAUCACUGGGAAGGAGCUGGCCCUUGCCAAAGAUCAGCAGGUGCACAAGCGCUUAGAGAAGGAUAACGAGUCCCUCAAGGGGGAGCUACAGUUGAUUAAGCUGCAGCUGGAGGAAACAAAGCAGCGUGUUGACAGUCAAAAAGCAGAACAGCAGAAACUGCAGAAUAUUAUAGCUGAUGCUGAUGCUGAGCAGAUCCAACAGAAGAAACAACUGGAGCAGGUGAUCAGAGAGAGGGACAACCUGGGGAAACAGCUGCUACGCCGCAACGAUGAGCGUGCCCUGCUGUAUGAGAAGAUCAGGAUCCAGCAGUCAAUCCUGAGCAAGGGUGACUUCCACUAUGACCAGCGGAUGGAAGACAUCCGUCUGCUUAAACUGGAGAUCAAGAGACUACGGCGCAAGAAGAGCAUCCUGGACAAGACUGUACCAAACACUGAGGACCUGAGGCGAGAACUGUUCCACCUACAGAGGGAGCUGCUCAGAGAAAGGAUGAGAAACAGUGUCCUUGAGGAACAGCUGAAGCCCAUAAAUAUUCACCGAUGGCGACGACUGGAGGGCAGUGACCCUGGCAAAUAUGAACUCAUCCAGAAGAUUCAGUCCUUACAGAAGCGACUUAUUGCUAAGACCCAAAAGCUUGAGGAACAUGAAUUCCUACUACAGGAAAAGGAGAAGCUGUAUGUGGAGCUGAAGCACAUUCUGGCCUGUCAGCCUGGUCCAGAGGCAGCUGAGCAGCUCCAGCAGUGCCGGUGGACCAUCAGAGAGAGAACGAAAAAGCUCAAGGUGUUGAUAGCAGAGCUGAGAAUGCUUGACUCAAAGAUGAAUGAGUACAAAAGUGAGAAUCAAAGAUUGGCCAAUGAACUUGCAAACAUCAAGAAGAAGUACCUCAGUCAGAAAAAGCUCCACAGUGAGCAGAGGACCAAGACCAAAGUGGAGCAGUUGGAACCACUGCCUCAGCUGAGCAGCAAACCUCAAUUCAUUGGAGGAGGCUUCAGGAUCGACAACCCUGUGAGAAGAUAA